AUAUCGAUAUGUAUAGAACGCAGAGUGGAAUCGUCUGAUAAAAUUUGUGCAAAAGCACUUUUAUGUUUUUUCGACGAUUGACGUGUUUUUCUCCACAAAAUUCUAGAUUACUAUGUUUACUAUAAUAUUUGGUAUACUCGUGUCGAUUUUGGCAGUGUUGGCCGUAUCCUUGUUGAGUCUCCGGAACUGGCUUCGGAGCUGCAAAAGGAAACUUAAGGGAUCUUUCGAUGGUACUGUUAAUAUAGGAAUUUUUCACCCAUAUUGCAAUGCUGGAGGAGGUGGGGAGAGGGUGCUGUGGUGUGCAGUUCGAGCUUUGCAGGCUAAAUACGAUAAUAUUAAAAUCGUUAUAUACACGGGAGAUAUUGACAGCUCACCAAACAGCAUUCUUGAAAAAGUACAGGGUACUUUCAAUAUAAAUGUAGACAAGCAAAACACCAGUUUUGUAUACUUAAAGCGACGAAUGUUGGUUGAAGCGAAAUUAUAUCCGUAUUUUACUUUAUUGGGGCAAAGUCUUGGAUCCAUUAUAUUAGGGCUGGAAGCACUUUGUAGAUUUCCACCAGAUAUAUAUAUAGAUACGACCGGAUAUGCUUUUACUUUACCAUUAUUUCGUUACAUUGGAGACUGCAAAGUUGGAUGUUAUGUACACUACCCCACAAUAAGUAUCGAUAUGCUACGUCGAGUUCAGCAACGCGAAUAUUGUCACAACAACCAGACAUAUGUUGUCAGAAACCCAUUCGUCACAUGGAUGAAAGUUGUAUACUAUCGGAUUUUCGCAAAGAUUUACAGCUGGGUUGGUCAAUGCUCCGAUACGAUUAUGGUCAACUCUACUUGGACAGAAAACCACAUUCGUGAUUUAUGGGGUGUGCCAUUUAAAACUCAUCGUGUAUAUCCACCUUGUGAAGUAAAACAUCUUAAGGAGCUGAAACGUAAUGAAAAUUCAGACAAGAUUAUAAUUUUAUCUAUUGGACAAUUCCGACCGGAAAAAGAUCACCCUUUACAACUGCAAGCUUUGUAUGAACUACGAACUUUAUUGUCACGAAAAGAGGAGUUAUGGGAUAAAGUACAGCUUGUAAUUGUUGGAUCAUGUCGUAAUGACAGUGAUUAUGAACGUCUUAAGAAUAUGCAAGACUUAUCAAAACAUCUGUCACUAGAAAAUUCCGUAGAAUUCAAAGUUAAUGUGCAUUUUCAAGAGUUGCUGCAGUUAUACCAAAAAUCAAGCAUUGGUAUUCAUACCAUGUGGAAUGAACAUUUUGGAAUUGGAAUUGUCGAAUGCAUGGCUGCUGGCAUGAUAAUGAUUGCACAUCGGUCUGGAGGUCCUUUAUUGGAUAUAAUCGAGACGUCCGAAGGAAGUCAAAACGGAUAUUUGGCAACAUCUGCUCUUGAAUAUGCUAAUUGUAUAUUAAGUAUUAUAUAUAAUUCAAAAGAAUUAAACGACACAAUUCGCAAUGCAGCAAGAUCAUCGGUGGAAAGAUUUUCGGAGGAGGAAUUCGAAGUCAACUUUUUGCGUGCGGUUACUCCCUUAUUCAAUGAGACAUGAAGUAAACGUUAAUUAAACUAAACUAAUUAUUUGAAUAAAGGACUUGAAACUUAUUUGUA